UGAAAUAACCCUGCGUGGCAAACUGGAUCCAUGAUGUCCUGUAGAAGUACCAUAUCCUGCAAAUAA